AUGAACUCCCUCGAGUACUUAAAACAAUGUGGCACAACUGUCGUGAUAGAUACGGGAGAAUUUGAAAGUAUACAAGCAUAUAAGCCUCAAGAUGCUACCACAAAUCCCUCGUUGAUUUUGGCAGCUGCCAAAAAAGCUGAAUACCAACAAUUGAUUGACAUUUGCGUGGAUUACGUGCUCGAAAACCACAAGAGGCUGGACACUGAAAACAAAGCUCUCAUUGCUUUGGACAGACUGCUGGUUGAGUUCGGUUCUAGAAUAUUGGAGCUCAUUCCUGGAAGAGUGUCCACGGAAGUUGACGCUCGACUAUCAUUCGACCAAAAGGCUACCGUCCGAAAAGCAUUGGAGUUAGUGUCUUUGUAUGAAGCAAAAGGGAUAUCAAAAGAGCGAGUCCUCAUAAAGAUUGCUGCCACAUACGAGGGAAUAUUAGCAGCAAGAGAAUUGGAGUCCAUUUAUGGCGUCCAUUGCAAUCUCACUCUACUGUUUUCCUUUACUCAGGCGGUGGCUUGCGCCGAGGCAGAAGUAACUUUGAUUUCGCCUUUUGUGGGUAGGAUACUGGAUUGGUAUAAGGCUAAGGGGGCAAGGCACUAUGCAAAGAAUGAAGACCCUGGUGUUGUAUCUGUGAAACAAAUAUUUCACUAUUACAAAAAGUUUGGCUAUCGUACUAUUGUUAUGGGGGCAUCAUUUAGAAACGUGGGGGAGAUUGAGGAGCUAGCAGGUUGCGAUUAUCUCACAAUUUCACCAACUUUGUUAGAAGCAAUGGUCAAUUCAAGCACCAAAAUUGAAAAAGUGCUAGAUUCAGCAAAAAGCUCUCAGUUUUGCAAAUUGGACCAAUUGGCCUUGAUUGAUAAUGAGCCAAUGUUUAGGUUCAAUUUGAAUGAAGACCAGAUGGCAACUGAAAAGCUCUCCGAGGGGAUAAGGAAGUUUGCAAGCGACACUGAAAGCUUACUGGAUCUUUUAAAAAUAAAAAUCCAGCAGAAACUUAGGGAUGCCAAGCUAUGA